CCACACUAUGAAAUCACUCAAUAAAUCCUCCCAUUUCACUUACACUUUAGAGCGAGAAAAAGGCAAAGAAAUGGCAUGUUGUAGCAAAAUUAAGGUGCAAAAGAAGAAGGCUUUCCGUAGAAAACUCCACAUUCUUCGAGAUCUUAUCAACUCCAACUCGAACAAGACUAGCUCAAUCAUAAUUGACGCCUUCCUCUACAUAUCUACCUUGACGCUGAAGCUAGAAGAGCUUAAAAGAGAAAGUAUGAACCACAUGAAGAAGCAUAUUCAUCAUCAACUUCCUUUAUUGGAUGUACAUGUAGAAAAGCAAGGAGAAAAUGGAUUCAAAUUGAACGUUACAAGUGAGAAAGGAAAGGAUAAUCUAGUUCAUAUUUUAGAAGCAUUUGAAGAUAUGGGGAUUAAUGUUAUAAAUGCUAGGGUUUCAUGCAACACACAUUUUGCCAUGGAAGCUACACUUGAAGUUAAUACACAUCAUGUUGAUGAUAAUGUUGAUUACAAAGUAAUUGAUCCAAGUGUUUUGACUCAAGUUGUACUUAAAGCUAUUGAAAGAAGUGGUAGUAGUUAAGGAUAUAAAAUGUAACGUAUCUUUUGCUUGGAAUUAUUCACAUGUAAUUAUGUCAGUUGCACUUUUUAUGUUCACGGAUUUCUCAAUUCUCAGUUCACUUAUUAGCUAGUUACUUAGAAAGGAAUCUUCAAUCUUGAGAGCUUGCUUCAUGAAAUGUUCAUUUCAUGAUAUAUUUUUCUAUCUUA